CGCAGUGUCUACUCUGCCCUCCUCCAUCCUGAGCAGCCUUCCUGGGAAGAUGCCACCAGUCCUGAUUCUCCUGACUCUACUUCUGCCUCUUGGAGUUGGAGCAGAGGAGAUCAUCGGUGGCCAUAAGGUGAAGCCACACUCCCGCCCCUACAUGGCGUUCGUUGAGUCUGUGGAUAGUAAAGGGGAAAAGGGACAAUGUGGAGGCUUCCUGAUUCAAGACUACUUUGUGCUGACGGCUGCUCACUGCAGAAACAGCUCAAUGACAGUCACACUGGGGGCCCACAACAUUAAGGCUAAGGAGGAGACACAGCAGAUCAUCCCUGUAGCAGAAGCCAUUCCCCAUCCAGACUAUAAUCCAUUGGUUAAAACCAAUGACAUCAUGCUGUUAAAGCUGGAGAGUAAGGCCAAGAGAACUAAAGCGGUGAGGCCCCUCAGGUUGCCUGGGCCCAAUGACCAGGUGAAGCCAGGGGAUGUGUGCAGUGUGGCUGGCUGGGGAUUACAGUCUAUAAAUCCCAUUAAAGCAUCUGCCCGUCUACGAGAGGCUGAACUGAUGAUCCAGAAAGACCGGAAAUGCAAAAAACGUUUCCGUCACUACACCAAGACCACAGAGAUUUGUGCUGGAGACUUGAAGAAAAUAAAGGCUACUUCUGAGGGUGACUCUGGGGGACCCCUUGUGUGUGACAACAAAGCUUAUGGAAUUGUAGCCUAUGGAAAAAAUAGGACAAUCUCUUUAGGAGUCUUCACCAAGGUUGUAUACUUCCUGCCGUGGAUAAGCAGAAACAUGAAGCUCCUCUAACAGGUGUUAAACCACCUGUGUCCGGCCAGCCUGUCUGACCUCAGGCAAGAACCACAUGGAGUGGGCAGCAAAGGCUGAACAUUCAUAAUAAAUAACUUCCAGAGUGCA